AUGUCGCGAGAUCCAACCUUAGUCCUCAACGGAAAUCCAGACGAAGCAAACGGCGAACGACCCAACCCCCCAGAACGAUAUGGCGAGCCUCUACCAGACACCUGGAUCCCAAUGUACAAGAAGCCCUUGAAAACACCAACUAGGAAGCUAAGAAUCGCCUGCAUCGGAGCCGGAAUCGCUGCCAUGAACCUCGCCUAUAAACUCUACUACGAAUGGAAAGACACCCUGAGCGAUCUCACAGAACUUGUCAUCUACGAAGCCAACGAGGACAUGGGCGGCACCUGGCUUGUGAAUACGUAUCCGGGAGUGGCCUGCGAUGUCCCGGCUCAUAUUUACACGUUUCCUUUCGAACCUAAUCCAAACUGGAGUGCCUUCUACGCAUCUGGUGGCGAGAUCUUGGAGUACUUCAAAAAGACUGUCGCCAAGUAUCAACUUGAUCGAGACGUGAAAUGCGGACAUCGAGUUUCACACGCGCAAUGGGAUGAAGAUCGCGGGAAGUGGGAUCUCAAGAUGGAGACUAAAGGCGGUGUUGUGGAAGAUUCGGUUGACAUAUUCGUUUCCGCCGUAGGGUUUUUGUCCAAAUGGCGUUGGCCGUCGAUUCCUGGAUUACAUGACUUUAAGGGUGAUCUCAUGCACUCAGCUGCCUGGGAUAGUUCGUUCGAUUCAACGGGUAAACGAUUGGGUGUCAUAGGAAACGGCAGCUCUGCGAUCCAGAUCAUCCCCCUGGUCGUUGAGAAGGCCGCACACUUAACUAACUUCAUUCGCCAUCCAACGUAUAUCACCGCUGGUCUCGGGGCCGGAAUCAUUGGUGGCAAGACGCAAUAUUACUACACUGAAGAAGAGAAGCAGAGAUUUCGAGACGAUCCCAAGGAGUUGAAGGCUCAUCGGAAGAAGAUACAGGCCGGAUCCAAUCGUGCUUUUGAUAUGUUUGUGAAAGAUUCGGAUGCACAGAUAGCAGGGCGCAAGUUCACGGCCGACCAGAUGAAGGAGAAGCUGGGGAAUAACGAGGAGUUGGCGAGAAAAUUGACACCUGACUAUGAGGUUGGGUGCCGACGAGCAACACCAGGACCCGGCUACCUCGAAUCAUUCACCCGGCCCAACGUGUCCCUCGUCACCGACCCCGUCUCCCACAUCACCUCCACAGGCCUCCACACCAAAGACGGCACCCACCACCUCCUCGACGCCCUAAUCUGCGCAACCGGCUUCGACGUCUCGCACCGCCCACCCUUCCCCCUCCUCGGCCGACACCAAACCUCCCUCUCCACCCUCUUCCAACACGAACCCAAAUCCUACCUCUCCCUCUGCGUGACAAACUUCCCCAACUUCUUCACCUUCAGCGGGCCCAACGCGCCCGUCGGCCACGGAAGCCUAAUGGCGGGAUUAGGUUGGAGUGCCGAUUACAUCUGCCAGUGGAUCCAGAAGUUUCUCGAGGAGGAUAUCAAGUGCGUGGAUGUCAAGGGGGAGGUGCUGGAGGAGUUUAAUAGUUAUAGUGAUGAGGUUAUGCAGAGGUUGGCGUGGAGUGGAGGGUGUCAGAGUUGGUAUAAGAAUCAUCGAACGGACGGGAGGGUCACGGCGGUUUGGGCCGGGAGCGUCCUCAGCUAUCACGAUAUGAUCGAGCACAUCCGGCCAGAAGACUUCAAUAUCACGUACCGCAGUCGUAACAGGUUUCGCUUUAUGGGUAAUGGACGGACGAUGCGAGAGUAUGAUCCGGAUGCUGAUUUGGCUUGGUACUUGAAGAAGUGA